AUGGCCGGCGACGCCGAGAUGCGCGAUCCUGCGGCAGUCGAAGAGGAGCACAUGAUGUACGGCCAUGGCGCGAUGACGGAGCAGGAGCUCGAUGAGAAGUAUCCCAUCCGGCCUCACAACCACUCCAAGACUCUUCCUUUCCGUGUCUUAUUCCAGGACCUGUUCAAUCCUCUCAACGACAACAAGAAGAAGCCAACAGGUCCAGCGGUUGCACGAAGGAAGCAAGGUCCGCAUGUUCCCAGUCAUGCCCCAAAUGAGAUCCGCCGUAACAUCAUCGAUCGCUUCAUCUCGAAAUGGCGCAAGGAAGUCGGCAACGACAUCUACCCAGCCUUUCGCCUCAUUGUUCCAGAGAAGGACCGAGACCGAGGCAUGUACGGUCUCAAGGAGAUGACGCUUGGGAAACUGCUGGUCAAGAUCAUGCAGAUUGACAAGAACAGCGAAGACGGUUACAGUCUUCUGCACUGGAAACUGCCCGGGGUGAAAUCUUCCAGUGCAAUGGCUGGCGACUUCGCUGGAAGAUGCUUGGAAGUGCUUUCAAAGCGUCCAAUGCGACAGACACCGGGAGACAUGACCAUCGCCGAGGUCAAUGAGCAGCUAGACCGUCUCUCGGUCGCACAGAAAGAGGAAAAUCAGCGGCCCAUCAUUAGCGAUUUCUACAAUCGCAUGAACGCGGAAGAGCUCAUGUGGCUCAUCCGGACAAUCCUGCGGCAAAUGAAAGUCGGAGCAACAGAAAAGACCUUCUUCGAGGCCUGGCACCCCGACGCGGAGAACCUGUUCAACAUCUCGAGCAGUUUGCGUAGGGUCUGCUGGGAGUUGUACGACCCGCAGAUCCGCUUAGAAGGAGACAAUCGCGGAAUUGCGCUCAUGCAAUGCUUCCAGCCUCAGCUUGCUGCUUUCCAGAUGCGCUCCAUGGAGCAGAUGGUUGCAAAGAUGAACCCGACAGAGGAGGACCCGGUCUUUUGGAUCGAAGAGAAGCUGGACGGCGAACGAAUGCAGAUGCACAUGAUCGAAGACGACGAGAGACCUGGCGGCAAGCGAUUCGGCUUCUGGUCGCGCAAGGCGAAAGACUACACUUACCUUUACGGCAAUGGAUUCCAGGAUGACAACGCAGCUUUAACAAGACACAUCCGCGACGCUUUUGACGAGGGUGUGCGCAACAUCAUUCUGGACGGUGAAAUGAUUACGUGGGACCCGAAGGAAGAUGCAAUUGUCGGCUUUGGUACGCUGAAGACUGCAGCACUGGAGCAACAGGCAAAUCCAUACGCUGGCGGAAAUCGGCCGUUGUUCAGAGUGUUCGACUGCCUCUAUCUCAACGACAAAGAUCUGACUCGCUACACGCUACGCGACCGACGGAGGGCUCUCGAGAAGAGUGUCAGGAAUGUGCACCGGCGGAUGGAGAUUCAUAAAUACGUGGAAGCCGUGCAGCCUUCUGAAAUUGAGCCUGAGCUACGUAGGGUGGUGGCCGAAGCAAGCGAGGGUCUGGUGCUGAAGAAUCCUCGAUCUGAGUAUCGGCUCAACGAUCGUAACGACGACUGGAUCAAGGUGAAGCCGGAGUACAUGACCGAGUUUGGCGAGUCGCUGGACUGUGUGGUCAUUGGCGCUUAUUACGGCUCAGGCAAGCGAGGAGGUGGACACAGCAGCUUUUUGUGUGGUCUCAAACCGCUAUCAAUACCCGUACCGAUCCGCCGACCUUCACAGAUAUCUCAGAAUUCUCAGGCACAGACGGACCCCAACCCACAAUACAUGCUAUCUUUCUUCAAAGUCGGCGGCGGCUUCAGUGCGAGUGAUUACGCAGAGAUUCGGCACCGCACGGAAGGCAAGUGGAUAGACUGGAACUCGAAGAAGCCGCCACACGAAUGGAUUGCACUCGGCGGCGGAGACAGGCAAUUCGAGAAGCCUGAUCAGUGGAUUAAGCCUGAGGAUUCCGUGGUGAUAUCUGUCAAGGCAGCUUCCGCAGGCCACACUGACCAGUUCGCGACGAAGAUCACCCUUCGUUUCCCGAGGUUCAAGAAACUGCGAACGGACAAAGACUGGACUCAGGCCUUGACCUUUGACGAGUUUCUUGCAUUGAAGAGCAAAGCGGAAACCGAGCAUGAGGAGAAGAAGUUCAAGAUCGACGAGUUUAGGAAGAACAAACGGAGCACGAGAAAGCGAAAGCGAGAGCUUGUCAUUCAGGGGCAAGAAGGAGAGGUCAAGACGCCGUACGCAGGUCCUGCCACGCAAGUAUUCGAAGGCCUGCAAUUCUUCAUCAUGACCGAGGCACCCAAACCCAUCAAGAAGAGUAAAGCUGAGCUUGAAGAGCUUGUGAAAGCAAAUGGUGGGAAAGUAGUCGCUUCGGACAAAGACCCCGAAACCAUUCUGGUGGCAGACCGGAAUGUCGUCAAAGUAGCGUCUGCAAAAAAGCGAGACGACCGGAACAUUAUUCGGCCCGACUGGCUGCUCGACUGCAUCAAGCAGAAUGAACUUGACGUCGGUCGUCCGACUCUGCUUCUACCAUUGGAACCGUACCAUCUCUUCCAUACGAUAGCUGCAGACGAGGGCAAGUUUGACGACAACGUGGACGAGUACGGCGACAGCUACACCCGGGACGUCAGCUCUGAAGAGCUGCUGGAAGUCUUCAAGAGGAUGCCAGCAAAGAUUGAAGAUGGCUUUGAGCCUAGCGAGGUUCUCGACCAGUUUAUCGAGCAUGGCCAGGAACUGGAUGCUCUUCCAGGUUUCAUGUUCCGUGGACUGACUUUCUACGUUGAGCAGGGCGUUGAAAGCAGGCGGCUGCUGGAAUUUGCUGGUGGAGUUGUGUCCGAAUCACUCGAGAGCUCCGAAAUAACGCAUGUCGUGGUCGCCAAAGGCAGUGCUGGAAUUGCAGGCAUCCGCAGAGCCGUCUCGAGCAGGCACCAACUGCCACGCAUUGUCACGCAGGACUGGGUGACAGACAGUUGGGCUGAGAAGACACGCCUGGAUGAAGAGCGUAAGUAGUCGUCGGCAUGGGCUAUCCUCCCGAGACUGAUCUGUUCUAGGCUAUGCUCCAUGA